UUAUUCCAAGUGGAACCAAGCAAAGGGGUUUAAGCCUUUGUUAUUUUUGGCUACCUGUCUCCCUCCUCCAUGCAGGGUUUAACAUUUCAACUCAAAACCUAAGCCUCUCUCCGUCUCUCCAAUGGCGCACACCCCAUUCUCUCUUCUCCUUCUCAGAAGGCUCUCUCUCUCAUCCCAUAGCCCUGAACCCCCUUUCCGCCUCUCACUCCUGAAAUCCUUCUCCACCUCCCAAGCCCCCCCUUCCUCCUCCUCCUCCUCGGACCCACCACCAAAACCUUCCUCACUUUCCGCCCGCCUCAGCUUCGUCUUCGACCAAAUCGACACCAUUGAAAAACAACAGCAAAAUCUUCUCUCCCAAAAGGACCAAACCCUCCAGCGCAUCCGCGCCUGGCGCCAAUCCAAACAAUCCCAAGUCGACCAACCUCAAUCAGAACCAUCGCAGUUUGGGUUAGGAUCAGAUAUGAAUGGCAACGAUAAGGUUGAUACCGAUUCCAUCUCGGCCAAGGGGGAACUGGAGGUGGUGAAGGAGAAAAAGGAGGCAGUAGUGGAGGUGGUGCACCCGUGGCCGGAGUGGAUUGAGUUGAUGCAGAGGUUGGUGAAGCAGAACUACUUUGAUCAUAGGAGGAAGGACGAGGACCGAAUGAUCGAAGAUUUGGGGUUCGAUGCGUCAAAAUUUGCAGCGGAGGACGAUAAGGUGGAGUUAGAUUUCACAGACUACAAGCUGGUACAGACCGCGUGCGUCAAUUUCGGGAAAGAUCGGUUUGACAUACUGAGGUCUUUGUCGAGACAGGACAUUCAAAUUUUAGUUGGUUUUGGAUGCCCAAGUGUGGACAAGAAGGUGGUUUUCUCGGCAAAACUCUUAAGGAAGUAUGUCCACCUCGAUGAAGGAGAUGUUUGCAGUUCCUGCAGUUUGAGGAACUCCUGUGAAAGAGGAUAUCUGCUUACAAAUAAAGAGGACGAAGCACGGACUAUUGAUAUUAUGCGUGUUUUAUUGACUUUUGGUUUUGACCCUGUGAAUGGAUCAGUGAUCAAUAAGGCUCUUCUGAAACAGAAGUCUGUCAAGACUGUUGUCCGUAAGUUGCUUCACAAGGUUGUCAAGUUGAGUUCAGUUCCAAUAGACCCAAAUCUUCCUCCUCCAGUAAUUAAAAAGCCCCCUCCAAAAGUCAAGCAGGCCCCACCCCCUCCAAAGAAGCGAGUUGGGCGUGACGAUGUUGAGAUGAAAAAAGGAGACUGGCUAUGUCCAAAGUGUGACUUCAUGAAUUUUGCAAAGAAUACCAUAUGCCUGCAAUGUGAUGCCAAGCGUCCAAAGAGGCAGCUGCUUCCUGGAGAAUGGGAAUGCCCCGAGUGCAACUUCUUAAAUUAUAGGAGAAAUAUGGCAUGUUUCCACUGUGAAUGUAAGCGCCCUACUGAUGAAUUAAUGGAGACCAGGAUGCAAGAAAAGCAACAUGGCCCUAGGACAAGGUUGGAGAAGAUUGCUAACCGGCAAGAGGUUUCUAAUGCAUGGAAUUUUGAUUUUGAUGACAAUGAAUCAGAUGGAGCAGAUGUUGCUGCUUUUGAGUAUGCAGAUUCUUCCAUUAUGGCUAAAGGUUCUUCUUUAGAUAACCACACCCAUGGAGGCAAUUUAAGAGUGCCUGAAGGCGAUUUCAAUCGAACUAGCAGAGUUCCAAGGAUCCCUGAAAAUGAAUAUUCUGAUGACGAUGCUAAUAGGCCUCGUAUGGGCUUUGAUGAUUUUGAUGAUGAAGAAGAUGAUAUUGAUAGUUAUGAGCUCGACACUCCUAAUAACAAUUCCACUCAGAAGGCUUCUGCAAAUGAUUUCUCUGAGGUUGAAGAGUACCCUGGAUCAGAGGAUUUUGAAGGCCUUAGCAAUAGUGUGCAUUCUCCUCGCAGGACAACUUCUCCAUCUUACAAUAAGCCAUCCAAAUCCGCACGUCCAAAAGCUACUUUCUCUGAAUCUGAGGAUGAUUUGGAUUCAGAUGAUGAUCUCUCAGUUCAUCCCAAUUGGAAAUCUAGUCAUGUUGCUGAUUUUAGACAAAGAGGUGGGCGUAGAGGUCAAGUGAGUCCAUCCAAGGGAUUAAGUUUUGGUUCUGAUGAGGAACUUGGCCUCAACUCUGAUGUGGAUGAUGAUUUAGAUCAGAAUUUCAGAUCUAAGCAUAAGAAAGGGAAUAGAUUGGGUUUCGAGAAAAGGGAUUUCCAGAGGAAAAUAAGUUUCGUCACUGAAGACACACUCUUUUCUGAUGAAGACGAUGAUGAUAUACGUUCUUCUAGAAAUAGAGUGAGACAGAAUAAAGUAGGUAUUGAUCCAAGACGAAAUAAGUCUCAAGGUCAUGCCAAUCAGAACUUCACAAGAGACACAAAAUUCAGAUCCAGUGGUAAGAUGGGUGGCAGAAGGCAAUCUUUCAAUGAUGAUUUUGAUGAACCAUCACGAGGGUUUCGAGGUAAUGGUAGAGGAUCUCGAAAGACUUCUCAUGAUGGGUGGAGAAAGAGUGAUAGGGAGGGUGAUAUGCGGGACUUUAAGGGCCGUAGAAGAGGAGAUAGUUUUGGGAAGCAGCAACGUGGAAGGCCUAAUGAAUAUGAUAGGGAUAGGGACGGCAAUGUUGGUGGAUUUAAAAACAGCAGGCGUGUUAUAGAAAGAUAGAUCAGGGCUAUGGUAUAAGCAGAAGCUCACUAAUUGCUUAUUCUAACCUCAUAUAGUUUGCAGUCAGUUCGGAAAGGGAAUGGUUGCAAAGAUUCAUAUUCAUGAGAAAGACCAUAAGCAAUCAGAAGGGAAACAUGUUUAGUUGCCACUUCACCAACACUGAAAUAAAUGUCUAAAUCUUUGUGGUUCUUAUGAAUUGGCAUAGGUUUUCCUCCUGAUUUGAGUCUUUCGUCUGAUGAGAAUUUUCCCCCCAUAAGGUUUCACAUCAAUCCGCGUAAGAUCUAUGAACUGCGUGUACACUUUUUCUACCCUGUAAUUCAGUUCAAUGUUGUUCCUUAGCCUGCUCUGCUGUUCAAUCGAUUGAAUAAUUGUUUCAACGCAAGGGGUCCUGUUUCUGUAAAUCUCAUUGACAAAUUUUGUAGUCUCAUUAGCAUUUUUUAUUUUUU